CUCACUCGUCUGCGGUCCGUCGAGCCGCGCACAGCUCAAUCCUUUCUCCCUAAAUUUCUUCAUCAACAUAUACGGAAAGAAAUUUCUAAGAAAAUUGUGGUGCUACCCCAGGAAAUGAGACGCGAAGUGAUGGUCAGGAAAAAAAUCUAGUGAUGCCACAAGAAACUUUAUUGAUUUAAACGUGAAAUCCCCUGAAAUUUUAUCUUAACAAAAUUUGAAUUGUUUAUACCUGAGGGGCUGUAAUAGUUAUCAGUACUCGUACUAAUAAUAAUUUUUGUAGAAAAUUUCUCUGUGUGUAGUGCUAAACUUUAGGAAUGAACUGUCAGGUGAAACGAUCACAUAAUGCAACAGUUAAAUUCAAAUUUUAUUAAAAACUAUUUAAUUUUAAUUUUUCCCCCAUAAAACGUGUGAAUAAUGUAUAUAAAAAAAUCGAGGUGAAUGUGGACAGAUAUUUUCAGUUAAUAAGUUAUGAAAAUUGUGGAAUUCCUGAGGAGAACAGGAAGGUUCACUGAUUCUGUCGAAUUUUCAAACGUCGCAGAUUUGUUAAAAUGAUCUAGUCAAGUGUUUCGUGCAGGAAAAUGCACGAAAUGGAUGAAUUUAGUGUGAAUAAUGUGACUGUGGAAUCACGAACAACUUUCGUGAUGAAUUUAUCUCAUUUCCUUAAUUUGAGUGAAGAAGAGUAUUUGCAACUGCAGUUGGGGCCCAAACAUUUGCCUCUACAGCUGGUGAUUCCCAUAACAGUUAUUUAUGUGUUCAUUUUCGUUAUGGGAAUAUUUGGUAAUGUGGUUACGUGUUGGGUAAUCCUUCGAAAUCCAAUAAUGCAAACAGCGACCAAUUACUACCUAUUCAGUUUGGCAGUUUCAGAUGUAAUGCUGCUUGUCCUGGGGUUACCAUUUGAGUUGCGGGUCUUUUGGCAGCAGUAUCCCUGGGAACUUGGCUGGGGUUUGUGCAAAAUACGAGCUUAUGUAUCUGAAACGUCGUCAUACGUCUCGGUAUUAACAAUAGUGGCAUUUUCAAUGGAGAGGUAUCUGGCAAUCUGUCAUCCUCUACAUCUAUACGCCAUGAGUGGUUUAAAACGUCCAUUACGUUUCAUAUUUGCUGCUUGGCUGGUAGCGAUGAUUGCAGCAGUUCCUUUUGCUGUCUAUACAACGGUCAAUUACGUCGAAUACCCACCGGGAAGCGAUCAUAACUCCGAGGAAUCAGCUUUUUGCGCUAUGCUGUUACACAAUAUGCCAGCGUUUCCACUCUACGAGCUUAGUUGCGUCAUAUUCUUCCUUAUCCCUCUGAUCCUGAUAAUGGUGCUCUACAUUCGCAUGGGGCUACGAAUACAGAGCAAAACCUUGGGACGUAGUAUUGAAGGGACGGUGCACGGUGAAACAAGACAAGCACACUCCAGAAAAAUCAUAAUAAGGAUGCUAAGUGCAGUGGUUGUGACAUUUUUUAUAUGUUGGGCUCCCUUUCAUGCCCAGCGUCUACUCUACGUCUACGACCGGACCAGAUCAUUCAGUGAAGUAAACGAGUGGCUAUAUUUCCUGGGAGGUUGUUUGUACUACAUCAGUACUGCGAUCAAUCCCAUUCUUUACAAUGUGAUGAGUGUUAAAUACCGCAGUGCAUUCGUUGAAACCUUGUGCUGUAUACCGGCGGUCAACCACUUCAACAGAGAGGACCAAAGCAGUAUGAAGGAGACCACUAUUUAUCGAUACGGUUCAUGUCGCAACUCUCAGAUAUCACGUGAACGAAGUCGGAGCGUCAAGUAUCAGUCAACAAACUCAAAGGAUCUAAUACAUAUGAAAGUACCAGACGACCAAAAUGACAAUCUUUGUGGCAAACGACGUACUCUGAAUAGCAAAGUGAUAGAUAAUCACGAUACAGUCUCGACCAGGAAACUUUCCAUCGUCAUACACUCGAGCAAUGGAAGGGCGAAGUCUCGUGCAAAUGAGAUGACUACAUUACCAGACGAAACUCACAUAUGAUGGAUCACUCAGCGGACUUUAUCUGCAAAGUAUAGAAUAAUUGAGCUUUCAUCAGCGUAAAUUUUUUCAUGGAGAAUAUUGUAAAUUGCUCAUGCUAUCUAAUAAACAAUAAAUACGAUGUCCAUA